AUGUCUCUGAACUUGAAAAAGAGAGGAAAGAAGACUGGCACUGUCACGCCUACGCAGGCAGAGCCUUCGACUGACCCCAUUGCGGACGUCGAAAAGACCGGAUUGAUCACCACCAGAAAGGAGUCUGAACUGACUUACUGGAUUGCUUUGGUGGCAGUUACUGUUGUUGCUGCUUUCGUGAGAUUCAGAAUUCUUGGUCACCCUGCUAAGGUCGUGUUUGACGAGGUGCACUUUGGAAAGUUUGCAUCUUACUACUUGGAAAGAACGUACUUCUUUGAUUUGCACCCACCAUUUGCUAAGCUUCUAAUUGCAUUCGCUGGUUGGAUCGUGGGAUACGAUGGUGCAUUUAAGUUUGAGAACAUUGGUGAUAACUAUGUCGAGAACAAUGUUCCUUACUUGGCGUACAGAUCUCUCCUGGCUAUUCAAGGUACAGCCGUUGUCCCCGUGAUGUUUUUGACUAUGAAGACUCUUGGUUUCACUGUUUCUGCCUGUGUCUUGUCAUCGGCUCUUGUUUUGUUUGACAAUGCCCAGAUCAUUGACUCGAGGUUGAUCCUCUUGGAUGCUACCUUGAUUUUGAGUGUCGCUCUUACCAUGUUUACCUAUUGUAAGUUCUCCACCUACCGCCGUCAGCCAUUUUCCAAAUGGUGGUGGAUUUGGUUGCUUUCAACUGGUGUUUCCUUGUCCUGUGUCAUUUCCACAAAGUAUGUUGGUGUUUUCACUUACUUCACUAUUGGUAUUGCUGUGAUUCAUGAAUUGUGGAUCUUGCUCGACAUCAGGAAAGGUUUGACUAUCGAGCAAUUCGCUCAGCACUUUCUUGCUCGUUUCUUCUCCUUGAUUGUGUUCCCAUUUGUGAUCUACUUGUUCUGGUUCUACUUGCAUUUCGCCAUUUUGACCAAGUCUGGUCCAGGUGACGCUUUUAUGUCUUCCGACUUCCAGGAAACUUUACAAGAGUCUCCAUUGGCCAAAUACUCCAAGGCUGUCCAUUACAAUGACGUCAUCACUAUCCAGCACAAGGACACGGAAGCUUUCUUGCAUUCGCACAACCUCGUGUAUCCUUUGAGAUACGAGAAUGGCAGAAUCUCCUCUAACCAGCAGCAGGUAACCUGUGUCUAUGACCAAGAAGGCCAAGAGAUCACUGACCCUAACUCUCAGUGGGAGAUUGUUCCAACUAAGAAAACUUCCAACGACCAAGGCGUCUACACCAACGACGUGGUUAGAUUCAAACACGUUGGUACUGGUGGUUUCUUGUUAACCCACGAUGUUGCAUCUCCCUUGCUUUCUACCAACGAGGAGUUUGUUGUGGUUCAUGAUGAGGUUGCCGAAACGAGAUACAAUGAGACCUUGUUCCGUUUGCGUUAUGCUGAGGCAGGUAACAAGAACAAGAGAACUCUCAUCAAGACUAAGGCCACCCCAUUGAGAGUUGUGCACGUCGAUACAGUGGUCGCCAUGUGGACUCACGACGACGAGGUUUUACCUGACUGGGCUCUUGAACAUCAGGAAGUCAGUGGUAACAAGAAAGUCCAGGACAAAGACAAUAGCUGGUCCAUUGAUUCGAUCGUCAACUUGAAGGAAGACGAUCCAAGAAACAAGUACGUUCCAAAGAAGGUCAAGUCGAUCCCAUUCUUGAAGAAAUGGUGGGAGCUCCAAGGAUUGAUGUUUGUUCACAACAACAAGUUGUCCUCAGAGCAUCCAUUUGCCUCUCAGCCUGAUGCCUGGCCUCUUGCCGUCUCCGGUGUUUCUUUCUGGAACGAUAACGAUACCAGAAGACAAAUCUUCUUCAUUGGAAAUGUCAUUGGUUUCUGGAUUGAGGUUGGUUUCCUCGCCGUGUACGUUGGAUUUGUCCUUGCUGAUCUCGUCACUAGCAGAAGAGCCUACGACAUCAUCACCCCCGCAGCCAGAUCCAGACUUUACAACACCUUGGGUUUCCUUUUCAUCGGCUGGGCUGCUCACUAUUUCCCAUUCUACUUGAUGGGAAGACAGAAAUUCUUGCACCACUACUUGCCAGCCCAUCUCAUUGCUGCCUUAUUCACUGGUGGUAUCGUUGAAUUCUUGUGCACCAACAAGACCAGCCAAAACAAGAAGGGUCUUGCUCCAGGCUCAAUCGACAAGAUUAGACUCAUCGGUGCCACUGUCACAGUCAUUGUGGGAACUGCCUGGUUCCUCUGGUACAUGAGAGCCAUGACCUACGGUAACUUUGCUAUGGCAGCAGAGGAAGUCAAGAAGAGACAAUGGCUCGAGAUCAACUUCCAUUACGCUAAGUAG